UUCAGGUCAUAUCUGUGCCUUUAUUAACUCGAACAAUACGUAAUCGAAAAGUUGUCUUCUUGUUCUUACAAAAAAAUGUCCUCUCUGGACAACUUCCUUAGUCUUCAAGAACAAGUCUACUAUGUUCGAUGUGGCUUUUGUAGCACAAUAUUGCUUGUUAAUGUCCCCUGCAGCAGUAGCUUGUCCAUGGCCGUGACCGUCACGUGCGGGCAUUGCGCCGGCGUUCUCACCGUCAACAUUUCUAAGCCUUGUCCCGUCACGUGCAAUCUCUUGUCCUCGACAAAUUAUCAGCAACAAGAUAUGUUGAAAUGCGAGCCGCCUUUUGAAGAGGCGGCGAACACAUUCCGGCCUUUGCUGCAUUUUUCUUCGGAUGAGGACAAGAAUGACGACUCUUUGCGCCACGAGCAAGUUAUCCAUAAACCUCCGGAGAGGAAGCAACGCCCUCCGUCUGCUUACAAUCGCUUCAUCAAAGAAGAAAUCAAGAGGCUGAAAAUUAAGCACCCGGACAUUACUCACAAGCAAGCAUUCAGCUCUGCUGCUAAAAAUUGGUCGCAUUGUCCUCAAAAUCAGCAUAAGGGAGGCGGUGGCGAUCCGAGGAGGGCUGUGAACUCAACGUAUAAUUAAUGAGGUUCGAUAAUUUCGUGUUCUUUCUUCAUAUUGUUGUAGAAGUCGAAUGUUGUCAUAACUAUUGUUUGAGGAUGUUAAGGUUCGAUCGAUGUAGCUGUUGAAGCAAUAACUAUACCAUGUCUCCGCUAUGCAAUGGUACUUCACAAGGCUCGUGGUUUUGGCAAUGACUUGUAGCGAGAAAAGAUGGUCAAGCACGAUUUGAUUCGAUCAUUUUUAU